AGAGAGAGAGAGAAACUAACAACAUAGGCACAGAAAAAAACCAUACAGAAAAAAAGACAACAUCGUCAAAUGUUGAAGAUGGUCGAAGAGAGGGUCCUCUAAGAUCAUCCUUAAAAAGGCAGCAAUCUUACAGAAUCAAACAAACACUCAUAACAAAAAAAAACAGAUUUAACCAUUCAACUUUUGCUGCCUUUUUUCUUGUCUUUGUCUCAAUGUUGCCACCACCUUUAAUAUAUUAAUUUUCUUACCUUAUACAUUCUUCAUUUUUGCAACCUUUUUCCUUUUCUACAUGGUAAAUAAAUAGAUCUAUUGUUGAGGAUAUUUAAGAGGAAGAUAUAUUGAGUAGGGUCUACAAGGUUAUGUCUUUGUUGAAUAUAUUGUAACAAAGAGAUAACAUUGUAAAAAUGAGGGAUCCUGAUAUGAUCUAUGAGUUUGAACCUCAAAACCUUUGAUUUGUAUAAAGUUUUUCCUAGUUAGUGAUUUUCUUAGACCAGAAGGAUUUUUGGCAUUGGCUUCACCAAGAAAUGGGAAUGAGAUGUAACACAUUUGGAUUUUGGUUUAGGAUUUAUGUUUGCUUUAUUUCUGUUUGGGGGAUUAGUGAGUGUUUGUCGCUUAACGACGAAGGAUUGGCUUUGUUGGAGUUUCGUCAAAGAAUAAGUUCUGAUCCUCGUGUUGCGUUGGAAAAUUGGAAUUCAAAUGAUUGUGACCCUUGCAACUGGUUCGGGGUUCACUGCAUCGAUGGUAAAGUGCAGACUUUGGAUCUAAAUGGUCUGUCCUUGGAAGGGACAUUGGCUCCUGAGCUUGGGAAACUUAGUCACUUAAAAUCACUUGUGUUAUGCAAUAAUAACUUUUCUGGUGAGAUUCCUAAAGAGCUUGGAGAAUUAGCUGAGUUAGAGUUAUUAGAUUUAAGGGAGAACAAUUUAUCAGGAUGCAUCCCAGUUGAACUUAGUAAAAUGUUAUCUCUAAAACACUUGUUGCUUUGUGAUAACAACAUAGAAGAAAGUGAUUCUCAUCAAGACCAAGGGAAUUUCAGAUUAUUUUCUAAAUCACUACUUGAUGAAUGUUCAUCGCCUCUCGCAACAUUAUUUGCCUGCAUUAAUAGAAAGUUUGGUCACUGUGUGUGGCAUAGCAACAUCAAGCAAUGGAACAAACCAGAUUCGUUGAUUAUUCCGAUUAAAGUAGCACUUCUGAAAUGCCUCGAUGUCUUUUCGCUGCCUCUGUUCAAGCAAGUGCAUGAAGAGAAAAAUUUCGACCUUCAGCGUCGUGCUAAUGAACCAGAAAUCGCGAUGAGUGUGCCAAAUCUUAUUAGUUAUGGGCGUCGUAGGUUACUUGAGCAUUCGAGUAACCUUGCCGCCGCACCUUAUAAAGGUGAAAUUCCAAAAGGUUUCAGUCAAACUCCAAUUAGCAUUAGUAGUGGAUCUUUUCCAGCUUCUCCAAAUGCAAGAAAGAACCGAACUCAGUCACGUACACCACCAUUACCUCCUCCUUCUGAUUCUCUUCCAAAUGAUGGACACCACUCAAGUCUACCAAAAAUGGACAUACAUGAAAGUGUGUGGAAGUAUAUACUUAUUGUCAUAGGAAUUGUAGUGAUUGUCGUUUUGAUCGUAGUUCUUCUUUGCCUUUGGAAAAAACCAGCAGCUAAAAUAAUUAAACCUUGGAACACAGGCAUAAGUGGACAGUUGCAAAAGGCUUUUAUUACAGGUGUUCCUAAGUUGAAUAGAGUAGAAUUAGAGACAGCAUGUGAAGAUUUCAGCAAUAUUGUUAUUAGUUUUGAAGCAUGCACUAUAUUCAAAGGAACAUUGUCUAGUGGAGUUGAAAUUGCUGUUGUUUCGACUUUGGUUGAUUCGCGAAAAGAAUGGACUAAGAACAUGGAAUUGAACUAUAGAAAAAAGAUUGCGACAUUGUCUCGCAUUAACCAUAAGAACUUUAUUAAUCUUAUUGGAUAUUGUGAGGAAGAAGAUCCAUUCACAAGGAUGUUUAUAUUCGAAUAUGCCCCAAAUGGAAGCCUAUUUGAGUACCUACAUGUUAAAGACGUUGAACGUCUUGAAUGGAGUGAAAGGAUAAGAAUAAUAAUGGGAACUGCGUAUUGUCUUUCGUACAUGCACGGUUUAAAUCCACCGGUAUCUCAUACCAAAGUUGCUUCAAAUUUGAUCAUGUUGUCAGAUGAUUAUGCUGCAAAGCUUGCAGAGAUCACUUUUAGAACUAUUGUAGAUUCACCUAGGACAACUAGAGGUGACUCUUCAAAGAAAGCCGAGAUGCAACGCGCGGCUUUUGACACCAAUGUCUAUGAUUUCGGAAUAUUGUUGCUAGAAAUCAUUUCCGGGAAAUUGCCUCAUUCUGAAGAACAAGGAAAUCUUGUCAACUGGGCUUCGGAGUACUUAAAUGACAGAAGAAGCAUAAGCUAUAUGAUUGAUCCGAGUUUACAAUCAUUCAAAGACAGUGAACUCGACGUGAUCUGUGAGGUGAUUCAAGGGUGUAUUCAACCCGAACCGAAGUUAAGGCCAACAAUGAAAGACAUAACUUCGAAAUUAAGAGAAGUGGUUAAUGUAACACCAGAGCAAGCUUCUCCAAGGCUUUCUCCAUUAUGGUGGGCUGAACUUGAGAUAUUAUCAGUGGAGGCUACUUGAAGUCAGUUUCAAUCUUAUUGAUUGAUAUAGUAAAAAGUUUUUCAAACUUGAAUCUUAUUAUUGUUCUUUUGUAAAAAAUUAUUCAUCAUUGAUACGUUAAUUAGCUAUUUAUGUCCAAAAGAAGAAAUGUGUGUUAUGUUGUUGUUUAGCAAGAUCCUUGAUGUAAAUUGUAUGUUGUUUUGUAAGAUCUUUGAUGUAAAUUGUAUUUUAGUUGACGAAGUUUCUAUGUAAGAAUUCUGACUUCUGUCACGUU